AAACUGUAAUGAAAACACACUUCAGAUUUCGAUCUUCCUAUCUUGUUCUUGACUUGAAAUGAAAACAAACUACAAUCUGCUAGACAGAUAUUUAGUAAUAAAUUCCUAGCAUGCUUAGUUUCCAGACAGGGGAUAAAUAGGAAGACUGAAGUCUUAGACUGCAUGUAACAAACCUCAAAGCCUGGCGAGUCCCAGAAAAAUAGUGCUUAAUGAAUCAUAGGGGGAAAUGAAGUUGCUUUGUGGAAGAAAGCUGUGUGGCAGGGCUGGUGGUUUGUUUUGAGGCAAGCAGGCAGUCAAGCAGGGAGGAAAGGGAGGGGGAAUUCAGUCCGUGUCUGAGAGAUGAAUUGUUCAAACUGAUGAUCUGGGCUGCAGCCAGCAAGUAGAACCUCAUUGGCCCCUUGGGUUACAUGAUCCCUGCUGAAAUGGCGGCUGCAGUACUGUCCUCUGGCCAUCUGCAGUGGUGGCGCCACAGCACACAGCUGUAAUACGUAGGAAUCCAUUUGGAAUGGACAUCUGCUGCCGGAAGGGGUCGAGGAGCCCACUGCAGGAACUGUACAAUCCAACCCAGUUGGAAUUAUCCAGCACGGCCAUCCUUCAUCAGAUCCGGAGGGAUCAAGUCACGGAUACAUGCCGAGCCAACAGCAUGUCUAGCAGGAAACGUCGUGUGCUGACACCCAACGACCUCAAGCAUUUGGUGGUUGACGAGGAUCAUGAGUUGAUCUACUGCUACGUACCCAAAGUGGCCUGCACCAAUUGGAAGAGAGUCAUGAUGGUUUUGAACGGGAGGGGCAAAUACAGCGACCCGAUGGAGAUACCAGCUAACGAAGCCCAUGUCUCGUCAAACUUGAAGACGCUCAACCAAUACAGCAUCCCAGAGAUCAACCACCGCUUGAAAAACUACAUGAAGUUCCUGUUUGUCCGUGAGCCUUUCGAGAGACUGGUGUCAGCCUACAGAAACAAAUUCACCCAGAAGUAUAACACCUCCUUUCAUAAGAGAUAUGGAACCAAAAUUGUCAAGCGCCAAAGGAAAAAUGCGACCCAGGAAGCCCUACAUAAAGGCGAUGAUGUGAAAUUUGAGGAGUUUGUGGCUUAUCUCAUAGACCCUCACACCCAAAGAGAAGAGCCAUUCAAUGAACAUUGGCAGACUGUAUACUCUCUGUGCCAUCCCUGCCACAUCCAUUAUGAUCUCAUAGGGAAAUACGAGACACUCGAAGAGGAUUCCAACUACAUUCUUCAACUUGCAGGAGUAGGAAACUAUCUCAAGUUCCCCACCUAUGCAAAGUCUACAAGAACUACUGACGAAAUGACUACAGAGUUCUUCCAGAACAUCAGUUCAGAGCACCAAACACAGCUGUAUGAAGUCUACAAACUUGAUUUUUUAAUGUUCAAUUACUCAAUGCCAAGCUACCUGAAAUUGGAAUGAGGUGGAGAGCCAGAGAAAAGGGAGAAAAAGAGGGGGAAAGAAUAUGAAACCUGUUUUAUUUAAGAUUUUUAUUUGUCACAAUUACAUAUGAAGAAUGGGUUAUUUUGUAAGUUAAUAUUUUCUUCUUUUUUUGAAUGAUGCUGCGAGCAGCAUAGUUGGAAAUCUAUUAUUUAAAUUGUCGGUAAGAAGGGACAGCUCUGUUUGCAGGGUAAGAAAACUGCGGCGGCUGUAGCUCUAGAUGUGACUAGUAACUGCGACACUGUUUGGUGCGGGGCGCGUGGGGGGGGUAUUAUUUGUGUCCUGAUGAAUUCUUUUCCUUUUGCAUUUUUCAUACAUCUCAGCCUUUUAUGUUAUUUAUGCUUAUUUAAGAACACAAUAGAUUCCUUGUUAGGAGCCAAGAUGCAACACUGUGUGGACAAAGAAAACGUUUCCUGUGCAUUCCUUGCAGGAGUUUGUCUCUCUGUCCCUAAUGUCAUUACUGAAUGUUCCACUAGUGAAGAAUGUGUGGAAAUAAUUGGAAACAUUGGAACAGGAAUGGGUUUAAGGGGCUCAGGGGACCCUCCCUUGAAAUAUAUAUGUCAAAACCUUGUGGUUCUCUGAUCUGUAAGACACACUUUUCUGCCGAUGAUCACACACAGAUGAAGGCCCAACGUUUGUCCACAGGGACGCAAGGUCGGUGAGGCUUUCACCUUCGAGAAUGUAUUAAAACAUCACACAUGUGCACUUCCAAAAUGAAGGGGAAGGGGAAGGAGGAGAAGUGGACUGCCUUACUCAGUCUCUCCACCCUUAAAAGGGCCAGUCCAAUAUUAAGCCAGACACUUCAACCACCUCCCAACCUCCCUGCAAUGAAAUGAGCGAUGCACACAAUGAGUCUGAUGGGAAAACCAAGUCCUUCGGAGAUGGUAUGACAGCUGGUUGGCAACCACAACGUCUAAUUUGACCCCCAUAGUGCUCAGAUUUUGUUCUUUCUGUAGGGACCGCCUUGCAUGUACAAUACUCCUUGCGACACCAUUGUCCUUUCUCAUCUCCCUGUAUCUUGGGCCCAGUGUCCAUCCCUGGCUUCCUGCAAAGUUGGCUCAACCCAGCCUUCAGAGAAGGCACCAGCAAAAUGAUUGGGAAGAGGUGUGAAUAUGCUGCAUACACCCUACCCCUAAUGCCACCUUCCAUCCAUGACAUGUGCUCCAAAACAAAGAACAUCCUGCAGCUGAAGACAUGAUCGUUGGUUUCCCAUAAGGCAGAGACAAGGAUAGAUGUUGGGUGACUCCAGCUCCCAUCAGCCCCUGCCAGAAUGGCCAGUGGUCAGAGGUAAUGGGAGUUGCAGUAGAACAACGCCUAGAGGACUGCAGGUUUCUUAUUCCUACUGUAUCCUAAUGAGUGAACCAGCACCACGUUCUGAACUAUUGCAACAUGUUUAGGUUCCCAUUGCAAAUAUGAAAUGACAGCAGGGACUCUCCUUUAGGGUGGAUCCCUGUGCUCUAGAAUACCUGCACAAAACUGAAUACCCUACAAAGGAGCAAUUUUUUCAGAAUACCAUAUAUGAUGCCGUGUGUGAUAGCAUCGGCCUUGAAAGGGACAGCCAGAGCUGCUUAAAUAUAUAUGUGUAUACAUGCAUAAUAUUUAAAGUCUGUGACUGAAAGAAAUGUGAAUGUAUCUUGUACAGAGCAAAAUUUUCAAAUCUCUACUUUGCCAGACAUGAUGUUAAUAUCAUUUUUUACUUCAUACUUGGCAUUCCCUUGUUUGACAUCAAGAUGGAUAAGAGGUGAUACAUCUGCAUUGCCAUGAUAAAUACUAUUGGUAGUAACAUUAUUUAAGGCUGCAGUGGCUAGUCGGAUGAAUGGUUAGAUGGACCAAACGAUUUUAAAUUGGUUAAUUAAAAAUAUGUCCCCAGUUAAUUGGGUUGCAGCUUUUAAAAACAAUGUAGAUUUUUAUAAAAGUACGUACACAGACCGUAGGUGGCAAGCACCGUCUUAGAAGAAGCAUUUCUACAAUCUCAUAUAGAAGCCUUCUAAGGUCGAGCCUCUGUGGUGGGUGCUUGUUAUCACCUAAAGCAAUUAAAGAAUGUGUUUUUUCUUUGAGAACAAUUUGAGAAUUUUUCUUGAGAACAGAUUGGAAAAACAAUUAAUUAAUGUGUUUUUUUCAAAUCCCAUGAUUUAUGAAGAUUAACUUAAUUGGCUGACAGUCCUAAUAUUAUUGUAACAUGUAGCCCAACAUGCUGAAAAUGAUUAGUGGAUUUUGAGUUUCCAGCUCGUUUUCCGGAAAAAAAUAAAGAGUAGAAUCAUAAAAUCAUAGAAUUGUAGAGUUGGACACCGAGAGUCAUUUAGUCAAACCCCUAAAUAGCCCUAGUUAAAGAAUAGCGUUUCAAGUGCUCAGUUCUCUUCACAUUUGUUAUCUCAGUCAGUGCCGUGCGGUGAAAUUUUUCCAAGGGGAACAGUUAGGGGCAGAGGCAGCAGCUUGCAAGGGCCAUUGGGGAGGGCGGUCGACACACACACAAACAUUGUGCUCCCCCUCCCCAAGCCAGUAAAAGGCUUCCUGGGCUUUGGGAAGGUCUAAUGUGCCAGGAACAUUGAGGGGCCUAGCCUAGUCCCCUGACUGCACACCACUGAUCUGACUAAUUGUACAGCACUGUGAGAGAGGCUGGUACUUCAAGAGCCAACUUGUGGCACAUUUGGUAAGCAGAGCCUGGUCCAGAGACCUAUUUUGUAGUGGCUGAGGGGUGUAGCACAUGCUGGCACUUUGACUUAGCACCACGUCGCCGAGGAGGAUACCAGAUAUCACAUGAUUUGAGCGGGGCAGCCCAUCAUAUGCAGAGCCUGGAUGAAAGGGAUGAGGGGCCUAAAGGCGAAGUAAAUCAUAAUUGGGAAAUUCUAAUGCCCUCAAACAAAUGAUCCAAAAAUUCAAGAAAUGUGCUCAAUUCAAGUAUCAUUGGAGAAAGACAUUGUUCUGGUGAUACUACUGUCACAGGGAAUGUUUCCAAAGGCGUGAUAUGAAACUGCAGCUAAAGAAGUCACAGGAGGCGGCCUCAUUUCAUUCGGUGAAGCUGGUUCACAGGUGCUGACUGGCACCUCGACUGAGUCACAGCAAAGAACCUUGAAAAGAGAUGCGAGAGUCUCUUUCAGUGCUGCACCCUGUCUUUGUCAGCUGACUUUGGCCUACUUCUGAUUUUGCCACCCUCUGUUCCUCAACGUAUUGCUUGACAGUGUCUGUGAGAGGACUGAUACCAGUAAACUCCUUGCAAACUCAGGUUGUGUAUAACCUAUUCCAUUAAAGCACAUUCAAUACACAUUCUUUCCCUCAAAUAACUCUGGGCACUGCAGUUCACCCCUCGCAGAGUUACGAUUCCCAGCAUCCCUUAAUGAACUACAGUGCCCAGAAUGCUUUGCGGAAGAGAACGUGCUUUACAUGCAUAGUAUGUGCAGAGGCACAAUCAGCAGAAUGGGACAGCAGCGUCCUGGUGUUAAGGGUAGAUUGUGCCAUGCCUGUGCCAGGCUGCGGGGAGUUGGGGAUUUGGGAGUGCUCCCUUAUGUAAGCAGACAAACAAACCCACUCUUCUUUUCGAAUUAUGCAGAAAACUUUACACAGCCAGAGCAGAGAUUCACCAGUCCUUUUCCUGAUGUUUUAUAGUUGCAGGCAGUAGGAAUGGACAAAUCCAUCAAUUUCCAUUUCCCAUUUUUCCUAUCUUAAAUUUGGUUCAUCCUAUUUUGACAUAAGUUUGUGAAUUGUUGAAUGAAAAAGCCUGCAUGAAAAUUCACGUGUUCAAGUGCAUUCUUCCUGAUAUAUACAUUUUUUAAAUGCAGUUUUACUAGUAUGUGCAUUUUUUUGUAAGUGGUUUCCCCCAGAUGGAACACAUUUUUGUGUGUUCUUUUCACUCAUAUGCAUAUUUUUGCAUGGACUUUCCACAAGUUUAGAGUCUUUUUCAUAUGCAUUCUUUUGGAUGGAGAACUGCCUCAAAAAUUGGAGAAGUGUGAAUUUCAAAUGAGAAUUUUGGUUUGCUUUGUGUAUCAUUUUGGAUGGUGCAGAUUUGGGAACUUUGCAUUAAAGUGUGAACCAAAUGAAUUUCUCCCCACUCCUUGCAGGCAGUUAAAAACAAACCUAUAUAAACGAAAAUUCAAAAAUGAACUGGAGGAGAACACUCUCAUAUCCAGUAGAAAUUGUUCUGUGUGAGAUGGCAAAUUGCUUUUUUUUUUUAAUUAAUUUUCAGAUUUUGAAAUUUACAAGCAAUUGUCAAACAACCAAAACAAAAAGAGAAUUCCAUAAAUUCCCAUGGACUUCCCUCCUUCCCUUUGUGGGUCCUUACAUUAACUUUUUUUCUUCCUGCAUCCUCUCUAUUAAUCCAGUUCCAUUACAACCGUAGUCCAAUGUUAAACUACAAGUGUCUUUCCAGUCCUACUAAUAAUUUUAAUUGUUUACAAUGAUUUUUAAGGUAAAUUAUAUAUUUUCCCCAUUCCUUACUGAAACUCUCAUCAAUUAUCAAUCAGUGAGAUGGCAGAUUGUGAUACGAUGAGUAGUAUAUUGUCUGGAAAUUGUUUUAAACAGGCAAUUAUAGUUUAUUCAUUACAAAUUAGCAGGGAGUAAGGCAUGUAUUCUGCCAGUGAAGAGCACUGCAAAGUUUGCUUAUUGUUAGUUUCUUUUUACUUAUGGGAUGCCCAACUGAGUAGGCAACAAGUGAACUAUUUAUGAUGCAGUGCACUGUUUUUUAUCUGUGCCGCUGUUUUGACAGAGAUCAGGAAAAUACACUAUGGGAAGAAUAAAUUGAAUUCUUUUCUUUACA